UGCUGAGACAGGGAUGUUGGAACUUGAACGGCGUGGACGGGUAUCACAUCUCGACAUCUGUUUGCUUCUUGGCGGUUGGUGACGACAAAUGAUGUGCUUGCAUGGUAUCUGCAUCUUGAGCAUUAUCUUGGAAAGUCCAUGCAUGAGAACAAGGUGCCCGACCAUAUCCGUAUGAUCGUAGGUUCGAAUGAUGGGAUACAUGUAUGAUGUUAGCAGUCGCCAACCAGCCAUCGAAGGCGGACAUUUUUGUUGGCGGUCCAAUCUAUUGGGACCAGGGAUUCAAGGAGAUUCGUCACAUCUCGGGAAAGACUAUUGGCGGUUGGCGGUUCUGGGCGGCGGGGUCGAAUUCUGUUGCUUUCGCCUGCUUGGGAUGCAUGGCAAUCUGGACUUCCAGAUCUGGAUGAAUACAUACUGUGGGCUUGACUCGGGUAAAGACUCGACUGUCAUCGCGAAAUGCUGCAAUAGUAGCAGAGAGAGGGGGGGGAUUGACCAUAUGCCGGCGACGUUGGAACGGGCACAGUCAGUGGUUACAGGUUGCAUUGAGGUUUCCGUUCUCAGGGGAAUGUGGUGCAUUGCAGAACUCAGGUACCAGCCGUUGAGUGAACAAAGGAUUUGGUGCAGCAGAGAAAACAACUGUUCAUCCAACGGAAACCAAGGGAAAGCUUGUUGUCAAAGAAGUAUACCAUAUGGUUAAAGGGACGGAUAGAGUGAGGUGCAGUUGCCAAACGUUCGUCAAGG